UCUGACUGGAACGCAGAAACAGCGCGAGAACAACCACUCCGACGUGAGCGAGGACUAAAAGUUUUGAAGAAGAGAGAGAAAAGAUGUGCUUAUAAGACAUUAAUCCGUCUUAACAGGUAAUUGACAUAAUUGUCCGUUAGCUGCUGCAGUCAUGGAUCUGAAAGACAGACGGCAGCGCUCUCUGACACAGGGUCAGCGCGGAAAGGAUCUGCACUACGCCACAUCCUCUCUGGACAGUGAGAACUGCCAUAUAGUGUCACAGAAAUCAUACAGUUCCAGCAAAACGCUGAAGGCCUAUCAGCAGGAUGGACACCUGCGUUAUGGAGGAUGUGUUGCGGAGCUGGUGCACCAGGAGAAAGAAGAGUAUGUCAGACAAGCUUACGUGGAGCUGGCCCCGGUUGCCGUUCGUUACUACGUUUCAGGGAGCUUCGCAUUGGCAGAUCUGGGCAUGUGUGAGCCUCCUCCGUCAUCCACUGUAUAUUGUUCCGAUAUAAGCCUACUGCAGGACAGAUAUGGUCUGAAUGCCGGAUCCGACGCCGACUCGGACCCCGAGGGGGUCAUGACCCCAGAGCGCGCCGUCCAGCUGUGGAGCGGGCAGCCCCUGAAGUCCCGCCGCAGCUCUUGCCUGUCCAGCCCCGACCACUCGGUUCUCACUCUCACCGACUCUGAAAACGAGCACAAGACUGAUGAAGAAUCAGGUCGCCCCCUCCCUCCCACGCCUUCAUCCAGUCUGCUCCCCCCAGCCCCUCCUCCCCCUUCCGCCCCCCUGCACCAGGCCGCCAUCUCCAUCAGGGAGUGUCAGAUGCCCCUUUUGGACAGCGGCUCAUCCCAUGCCAUACUGGACCCCCCUCCCGACGACGAGUUCUCCCCCAACUCCUACCUGUUCCGUGCACAGCCCCCCACCACCGGUGCGUCCAGUCAUCACAGUCAGACCUCCCUGCGACCUCCUCUGCCUCCCCCGCAUAACCACCACCAGUCAUCAGCUAAUUCCCUCAAUCGCAGCAACCAGGCCAGCCGGCGGAACCCGCAGAGCCACGCUCUUACUGCCGCCCCGCCAGAUGGACCCUCCACCCCUGAAUCCGUCCAGCUCCAGGACAGUUGGGCUCUUAACAGCAGUGUCCCGCUGGAGACACGACACUUUCUUUUCAAGACGCCGUCUGGGAGCACUCCUCUGUUCAGCAGCUCUUCACCAGGUUAUCCCUUGACUGGUGGUACCGUCUACUCCCCACCACCCCGGCUCUUACCCAGAAACACAUUCUCCAGGAGCUCCUUCAAGCUGAAGAAGCCCUCCAAGUACUGCAGCUGGAAAUGCACUGCUGUGUCUGCGAUCGCAGCCGCUGUGCUGCUGGCCAUCCUGCUGUCUUAUGUCAUAGCUCUUAAUCUGCUUGGCUUGAAUUGGCGACUGAAGCCUACUGAAGGGCAUCUAGUGAACACUGGCCUCAGCAUGAGUAUUCCUGGCAUUGACGACGUGGCAACAGUGCCCUCCGGAGGCAGAGGGCCGUGGGUGUUGAAGAACAGCAGUAUAAACAGCGGGGAGCUGGAGCUGGGUCAGCGUGUCAGUCAGGAUGUUCCUCCAGGCGUCUUCUGGAGGUCUUUGCUUCACCUGCGCCAGCCACACUUUCUCAAGUUCAACAUCUCCCUGGGCAAGGAUGCGCUGUUUGGGGUCUACAUGCGGAAAGGCCUGCCUCCUUCACAUGCUCAGUAUGACUACAUGGAAAGGCUGGAUGGAAAAGAGAAGUGGAGCGUUAUCGAGUCUCCUCGCGAGAGGCGCAGUAUUCAGACCGUUGUCCAGAACGAGGCAAUCUUUGUGCAGUAUCUGGACCCCGGCACCUGGCACCUGGCCUUCUACAAUGACGGCAAAGAGAAAGAACCCGUCUCAUUCAGCACUGUGGCUCUAGAUUCGGUGGAAGAGUGCCCCCAGAAUUGCCAUGGCAAUGGAGAGUGCAUGUCAGGAGCGUGUCAUUGCUUCCCAGGGUUCCACGGCACGGACUGUUCCAAAGCAGCGUGUCCCGUGCUGUGCAGCGGGAACGGACAGUACAGCAAGGGUGUGUGCAUGUGCUACAGCGGCUGGAAGGGCCUGGAGUGCGACGUGCCGCAGGGCCAGUGUGUCGAUCCCAGCUGUGGCGGUCACGGGACCUGCACCCAGGGCAGCUGCACCUGUGAAGCGGGUUACCGUGGAGAGUCCUGCGAGGAAGUGGAUUGUCUUGACCCCACGUGUUCGGGACAUGGCAGCUGCGUGUCUGGUCAGUGCCACUGUAAGCCAGGUUGGUCCGGGCCUCUAUGUGAUGUAUCCAGAGCCCAGUGCCCAGAUCAGUGCAACAGUCACGGAGCCUACAGCCCUGACACGGGCCUCUGCAGCUGUGACCCUAACUGGAUGGGCCCCGACUGCUCCACGGAGGUGUGUUCAGCAGAUUGUGGGAGCCAUGGUGUGUGUGUCGGGGGCGUUUGCCACUGUGAGGAGGGCUGGACAGAUGGUCUGGUUGACUGCAUGGAUCCAGACUGCUGCAUGCAGAGCCCUUGUGUGACCAAUCCUCUGUGCCGUGGAUCACGUGACCCACUUCAGGUUAUUCAACAGAGCCAAUCAGAGGUCCAAAAAGUCCCUUCCUUUUAUGACAGAAUCAAGAUGCUUGUGGGUAAAGACAGCACUCACAUCAUCCCAGGAAUCAACCCAUUUAAUGCCAGCCUGGCAUCUCUGAUUCGAGGUCAGGUUUUGACCUCAGAUGGCACUCCUUUGGUUGGUGUCAACGUGACCUUUGUGAAGUACCCUCACUAUGGUCACACCAUGACCCGCCAGGAUGGCACUUUUGAUCUGGUGGCCAACGGCGGAGGCUCUCUGACUCUGCGGUUAGAACGGGCUCCAUUUCUGAGUCAGGAACGAACAGUGUGGCUACCCUGGAAUCGCUUCUAUGCCAUGGACACUGUGGUGCUACAAACGGAGGAGAAAACCAUAGCCAGAUGUGACCUGAGCGGUUUUGUCAGGCCUGAUCCCAUGGUUCUUCCCUCCCCACUGUCCUCCUUCUUCAGCUCCAACCCUUCAGAGAGACACAUCCUCCCUGAGAGCCAGGUACUUCACGAGCAGGUGGAGAUUCCCGGCACCAGUCUUAAACUUUGCUAUUUGAGCUCCAGGACCUCAGGCUACCUCUCACUGCUCAAGGUGAUCAUGACCCCAGCUCUAGUGCCUCUCAGCCUGGCCAAAGUGCACCUGAUGGUGGCCGUGGAGGGUCAUCUUCUUCAGAAAUGGUUCCAUGCAUCUCCCAACCUGGCUUACACUUAUAUCUGGGACAAGACUGACGCCUACAGGCAGAGGGUCCAAGGCCUGACCGAGGCUUUGGUGUCUGUGGGGUACGAGUAUGAGACUUGUCCCAGUCAGAUCCUGUGGGAGAAGAGGACAGCUGUGCUACAGGGAUACGAGCUCAACCCCUCAAACUUGGGCGGCUGGUCUCUAGACAAACACCACAUGCUGAACAUCCGCAGCGGCAUCCUUCAUAAGGGCAGCGGUGAGAAUAUCUUCCUCUCCCAGCAGCAGCCGCCCAUCAUUAACAGUAUUAUGGGUAACGGCCGAAGACGCAGCAUCUCGUGCCCAAGCUGCAGUGGGAUGGCUGAGGGCAACAAGCUGCUGGCGCCGAUGGCCGUAGCCUGUGACGGAGAGGGUAACCUGUAUGUGGGUGACCUUAACUUUGUGCGGAGGGUCUAUCCGUCCCUCAAUACCACAGCUGUACUGGAGCUCAGAAAUAAAGAUUUGAGACACAGCAACAGUCCAAGCCAUAGGUACUACUUGGCUGUGGAUCCGGUGUCGGGUUCUUUGUUUCUGUCAGACACCAACUCCCGGCAGAUCUACCACAUUCGCUCUCUGAAUGGGGCACGACCGCUGCUGGAUAACUCUCAGGUGGUGGCGGGGACGGGAGAGCAGUGCGUCCCGUUCGAUGAGGCUCGCUGCGGUGAUGAAGGCAAGGCAGUGGAAGCCACACUAAUGAGCCCAAGAGGUGUUGCAUUGGAUAAGAACGGCCUGAUGUACUUUGUGGAUGCUACCAUGAUACGAAAAGUGGAUCAGAAUGGCAUUAUCUCCACUCUGAUAAAGACCAAUGACCUGACUGCAGUCAGGCCCCUCAGCUGUGACUCCAGCAUGGAUGUCAGCCAGGUACGUCUGGAGUGGCCUACAGACCUGGCCAUCAACCCUAUGGACAACUCUCUGUAUGUGCUGGAGAAUAACGUCAUCCUGCGUAUCUCUGAGAACCACCAGGUCAGCAUUAUUGCAGGGCGGCCCAUGCACUGUCAGGUCCCUGGCAUUGAUUACUCGCUCAGCAAACUAGCCAUCCAUUCUGCCUUGGAGAGCGCCACAGCCAUCGCCAUCUCCCACACAGGUGUGCUCUAUAUUGCCGAAACCGACGAGAAGCGCAUCAACCGCAUACGGCAAGUUAGCACCAGCGGCGAGAUCUCCCUGCUUGCUGGCGCUGCCUCUGAAUGCGACUGCAAGAAUGACGUCAACUGCAACUGUUUCUCAGGAGAUGAGGGCUACGCUGCGGACGCCAGCCUCAAUUGUCCUGCUUCGUUGGCUGUGUCACCAGAUGGUACUCUGUACAUCGCUGACCUGAACAACAUCCGUGUACGUUCGGUCCGCAGUAACCGCCCUAACGCCACAGCAAGUGGACAGUAUGAAGUGGGUUCAUCUAUGGAACAGGAGCUAUAUGUGUUUGGUCCAGACGGUCUUCAUAGGCAAACAGUUAGCCUCAUUACAGGCUUGGCCCUGUAUAACUUUACCUACGGGCUGGAUGGAGAGUUGGCAGCAGUUACCGAUGCCUCUAACAAUACACUCCGGGUGAGGAGGGAGGCGUCUGGCUCUAUCAGGCUUGUGCUGUUGCCAGAGAACCAGGUGGUAACGCUGGGAAUGGACCCAGCCGGCAGCCUACGUUCAGUGUCCGCCCUCAGCCAGGAAGUGGCACAGCUCAGUUAUUACACUAACACAGAACUUUUAGCCUCCAAGUCAGAUGAGACUGGAUGGACAAACUUUUACAACUAUGACAGUGAAGGUCGUCUAACCAACGUCACAUAUCCCACUGGUGUGGUGACCAGUCUGCAUCGUGAGAUGGAGGAGACCAUCAAUAUUGACAUGGAGAGCUCAAACAGAGAUGAUGAUGUCACGGUCAUCACUAAUCUCUCGUCCGUAGAGGCGUCCUACACUGUGGUUCAAGACCAAGUGAGGAAUAGCUAUCAGUUGUACCACAACGGCACACUGCGAGUGUCCUAUGCUAAUGGAAUGGGCAUCAGCUUUCACACUGAACCGCACAUCAUUGCAGGAUCGGUGAGCCCGACCAUCGGGAGACGCAACAUCACUCUACCCACUGACAGCGGCCUCAACUCUAUCGAAUGGCGCAUGAGAAAAGAGCUGACCAAGGGCAAGGUCACCGUGUUUGGCAGGAAGUUGCGCGUCCACAGCAGAAACCUUCUGUCCAUUGACUAUGACCGCAACACCAGAACAGAGAAGAUCUACGAUGACCACCGCAAGUUCACUCUGCGCAUCAUCUAUGACGCCCAGGGCCGACCGGCCACCUGGCUCCCCAGCAGCAGCUUAGCCCUGGUCAAUGUGUCUUAUUCACCCACCAGCCGGUUGGUGGGCUUGCAGAGGGGCAGCAUGAGCGAGAAAAGCGAGUUUGACACAUUCGGACGGAUCCUGUCCCGAACCUUUGUUGAUGGGAAAGUUUGGAGCUUCAGCUACAUGGACAAAUCCAUGGUGUUGCUGCUCCAGCAGAGUCAGAAACAGUACGUCUUUGAUUUUGACACAGCGGGCCGGCUCACGGCGGUCACUAUGCCGAGCAUGGCCAGACACACUAUGGCCACCCACGUGUCUGUUGGUUACAUUCGCAACACCUACAACCCCCCUGAGAGCAAUGCCACCAUUAUCCACGACUUCAGCGAGGAUGGGCGUCCACGCGCUACAUUCUACCUCGGAAUGGGCCGGCGUGUGCUCUACAAGUACGGGAAGCUCGGAAAGCUCUCGGAGGUGCUGUAUGACGCCACUGCCGUCACCUUUGGUUAUGAUGAAGUGACUGGAGUGCUUAAAAUGGUCAACUUACAGAGCGGAGGCUUCUCUUGCACCAUUCGCUAUCGCAAACUUGGCCCCCUAGUGGACAAACAGAUGUACCGCUUCUCAGAGGAAGGAAUGGUCAAUGCUCGUUUUGACUACACCUAUCAUGACAACAGCUUCAGGGUGGCCAGCAUAAAGCCAGUAAUAGGGGAAACCCCACUUCCUGUGGACCUGUACCGCUACGAUGAGAUUUCCGGUAAGGUCGAACACUUUGGCAAGUUUGGCAUCAUAUACUACGAUAUCAACCAAAUCAUUACCACGGCAGUGAUGACGCUCAGUAAGCAUUUUGACGCACAUGGUCGCAUCAAGGAAGUGCAGUACGAGAUCUUCCGCUCGUUGAUGUAUUGGAUGACGGUGCAGUAUGACAGUAUGGGUCGCGUAAUUAAACGCGAACUAAAGAUCGGUCCAUAUGCCAAUACCACACAGUACCGCUACGAAUAUGAUGGUGACGGCCAGCUUGUUGGUGUCAAGGUUGAUGACUGGUCUACUUGGCGCUACAGCUACGACCUAAAUGGCAAUCUCCAUUUGCUGAACCCAGGUAACAGCGCCCGUCUGCUGCCACUACGCUACGAUCUUCGAGACCGAAUCACGCGGCUCGGCGAUAUGCAGUAUCAGCUCGAUGAGGAUGGUAUGCUUGCACAGAGGGGCUCGGACAUCUUUGAGUACAAUUCCAAAGGUCUUCUUGAGCGAGCCUACAGCCGCAUAGCAGGAGGUUGGAGCGUCCGCUACCGCUAUGAUGGCUUGGGUCGCCGUGUCUCCCGUAGAACUAAUGAAGGCGAGCAUCAGCAGUACUUCUACGCUGACUUGAACUACCCCACUCGGGUCACCCAUGUUUACAACCACUCGAGAGCUGAAAUCACCUCCUUCUACUAUGACCUGCAGGGUCAUCUAUUUGCUAUGGAGGUCAGUGGUGGGGACGAAUACUACAUCGCCUCUGACAACGUAGGCACUCCGCUGGCCAUCUUCAGCAGCAAUGGGCAGAUGGUCAAGCAGAUGCAGUACACGGCGUACGGAGAGAUCUACCAUGAUUCCAACCUGGAUUUCCAGCUCAUAUUGGGCUUUCAUGGAGGGCUUUAUGAUCCUCUCACAAAGCUGGUGCACUUCGCCCAGAGAGACUACGAUGUGCUGGCAGGAAGAUGGAUCGCACCUGACCAUACAUUGUGGCCAAAGAUAUGCAAAGAACCAGCUCCGUUCAACCUGUAUAUGUUUAAGAACAAUAAUCCACUCAGCGAUAUGAUUGAUGUGAAAAACUAUGUGACAGAUGUGAAGAGUUGGCUGGUUAUGUUUGGCUUCCAGCUCAGCAACAUCAUUCCAGGAUUUCCAAGACACUCGCUUUAUUUUGUUGACCCUCCUUAUGAGAUACUUGCCAGUCAGGACUCUGAUAACGUUCAGCUGUUCACUGGAGUUCAGCAUUCAGUGGACAGACACAACCAGGCCUUCAUGGUUCUGGAGGGGAGGCGGCUCAACAAACAGCGGCGCACCAAGCGCGACAAGCCCGGUUACUGGUUUGGCACCAGCACACCCAUCGUAGGCAAAGGCAUGAUGAUCGCUAUCAAAGAUGGUCACGUAUUAACAGACCUGUCCAGCUCAGCUAGCGAAGACAGUCGCAAAAUAUCACAGAUCCUCAGCAACUCCAUCUACCUGGACGGCACACAUUACACCAUAGAUGGACGAGACUGCCACUUCUUCGUGAAGCUUGGACUGGCUGACAGCGACCUGUUGGCCCUGGGUCUCAGCAGCGGCCAUAAGACGCUGGAGAGCGGGAUCAACGUGACGGUCAGCGGGCGAUCCCGCCGGGGCGUCACUUUAGAAAUCCACUCCGCCAAACUCACAUACAGCGUCCGGUAUGGGCUGUCAGCAGAGGUUCUGGAAAAGGAGCGGAGCCGCCUGCUGGAACAAGCCCACCAGAGGGCGCUGUCUGGAGCCUGGGCCAGGGAGCAACAGCAAGUGCGUGAAGGCAGGGAAGGAGGACGCGUGUGGGCUGAAAAUGAGAAGCAACAACUGUUAGCCAUGGGGAAGGUCGCGGGCUACGAGGGCUACUACGUGCUCCCGGUAGAGCAGUACCCUGAACUGGCGGACAGCAGCGCUAACAUCCAGUUCCUCAAACAGAACGAGAUGGGCAGGAGGUAACAGAGUUUAGCCGUCGCUGAUGCCACACCAUCUCCUACGGAGAGAAGCAACAGAGCGCUGCAAAGACGUUUCCAAAAAAUGGAGAACCAACAGCCAGCAGCAAGAACACUAUGACCCAAUAUUG